GUCGGAAAGCAGCCUCUCUAGGUUUGCCCACCGCUUGUCGGUUAAGCAGAAGCAGGAGAAGAGAAGGAAAGCUGAGUAUGCCUCGGCCGAGCUGUCUGCCUUCCGGCCCAGGUCUCUGAGCAUUGAAUGGUCAUCCUCCCCUAAAAUGACGCAGCAGAUGCGGGACCUGCAGCUGGCGCAGGCCAGGAAGCCACCAGGCCCUUCCUCGCCGAACGCAGCCAAGAGGCUCUACCGAAACCUGUCAGGGAAAUUCCGCGUCAACUACACGUCCUUCGACGAGGGCAGCCUGGUGGGACGGGGCGAGAAGGAAAAGCUCCGCAAGUCCUACCUGUUCCAGAGCAACGCUGCCCUCUUCGAGGCCGUGGAGCUGCAGGACAUAGACAGGGUCCAGGAGCUGCUGAAGCAGUACAGCCCCGAGGAGCUGGACCUCAACACCCCCAACAGCGAGGGGCUGCUGCCCCUGGACAUCGCCAUCAUGACCAACAACGCUCCCAUCGCCAGGGCCCUGCUGCAGGCGGGAGCGAAGGAGAGCCCACACUUCGUGAGCCUGGAGAGCCGCUCGCUGCACCUCUCCACGCUGGUGCGGGAAGCAGAGCAGCGCGUCAACGAGCUGACGGCGCAGGUGGUGAACGAGGCGCCCAACGCCGACUGCUCCGAGAAGGAGAAGCAGCUCAAGGCCUGGGAGUGGCGAUACCGGCUUUACAAGCGCAUGAAGGCAGGGUUCGAGCAUGCCCGAGUCCCGGACGCCCCCACCAACGUCCACCUCUCCGUGGCCAGCAGCUCCUCGGUGCAGGUGACCUUUUGGGAGCCCCUGAGCGUCAAUUCGGCCGUUGUCACCAAGUACAAAGUGGAGUGGAGCUGCUCCCCCACCUUCUCGCCGCCGCUGGGGGAGGCCGUGAUUGACAAGCUGAAGAACCUGCACUUCACCAUCCGAGGGCUGGUGUCGGGCACGGCUUACUACGUCCAGGUGUCCGCCUACAACAUGAAGGGCUGGGGUCCUCCACAAGCCUCUGUGCCCCCUUUCGCCAUCCCUUCCAACUGGCGGGAGUACGACGGCCGGGCUCCACGGCGAAGGGGACAAGCUGAAGCUCUGGACCAUCUGCUGGGCCAGGUGAAGACCGUCCACCAGCACUGCGUUUGUCACGAGCCCUGCAAGAACCAGCCCCAGAGCAGGAAGCACUCGGUCUCCAAGAGCCUCAAGCACCUCUUCCACCCUGGCAGCAAGUUUCUCAAGACGCUGAAGCGCGGCCUCUACCUGACAGCCAUCUUCUACAAGGACGACAACAUCCUAGUGACCCAUGAAGACCAGAUCCCUGUGGUGGAGAUUGAUGACACCUACUCCUGCCUGCUCAUGCAGGAUUUUCUCUGGUUCACCAAGGUGUCGUGCAUGUGGGACGAGAUCCUGUGGCUGCGGCAGUGUGUCACCGUCUCCCAGUCAUCCUGUUCUUGCAUCCUGCAGACACGCUUCAAGAUGCUGCUGGCCAUCUCACAAAUGCAGGGGCUGCUGGGCAUCCAGGACCUGGGACAGGUCUUCUUUGAGCCUGUCAAAGACAAACAGGGCAACAUCCUCAUCGUCACCCUGAAGGAGGUGAAGACCAACCAGACCUUUGAGAGCGUCCGUUGGGUUCCUAUCUGCAAGCUGCAGACCAGCCGCAAGUCCGUGUCCUCCCCGGAGGAGCCCACCGCUCUGGACACGCUGCUGAUCUCCGUCCAGGACAAGCUGGCUUACCACCAGCGGAGCAGCCAUGCCCUCUCCCCGGGCCUCUACCUGGGCUACUUGAAGCUCUGCAGCGCCGUGGAUCAGAUCCGAGUCCUGGUGCCGGAGCGGCUCCCCAACAUCCUGUGCCAUGUCAAGAUUCGCUCCAACCCCAACAUCUCCAGGGAGGAGUGGGAAUGGCUGCAGAAGAUGGCCAGCGUGGAGGAGCCUGUUCCUGCAGAGCCAGAGGCUGAGACCUCCCAGAACCACUUGUUUCAGGAGCUCCAAGUGGCCAUCAAGGAGCUGAUGACCCUGGUGAACAUCCCAUUGCCAGAGGCCAAAGAUUUCCGUCUGUACAGCCAAGAGGUGCUGGACUUUGGGGGCCAGGUCUCUUUCCUGCUGCUGCUGCCUCCGUCGGACGACGUCUGCACUGCUCCGGGCCAGAACAACCCCUACACCCCUCGCUCUGGCUUCCUCACCCUGCCGCUGCAGAUCUUCGAGCUAGUCCACUUCUUCACGUAUGACCGGGAGUUCAUCACCCAGUACUGCCAGGUGUCUGCCCUCCUGGAGCUGGAGUCGCUGCUCUCUCAGCAGAGCCUCAGGGAGGCCUUCUCCGAUGCCGAGCUCUCCACUGCGAAGCAGAGGCACCAGCAGGUUCAGGACUACAUCCAGCAAAUGGAGGAGAUCUGGCGCGAGAUGCGCUGGAUUAUGGAUGCCCUGCAACACGCCCGGUACAAGCAGCCCUCCUGUGGGGUGUCUCUCAGCGGCUUCCUCAGCGAGGCCGGUGGUGCAAUGAAGGAGAAGACCCGAUCCACCUCGUCCCACCUUGACUACCUUCCCUCCCCGGCACCCUCGCCAGAGACCAGCUGUAAGCUCAACUCUGACUCUCACGGGCUGUCGGAUGAGGAGGGCUCCUCGGAGGUGUUCCUGGCCACUGACAGCGACUACGACUCCAGCAGGGCACAGAGCCCGAAGGAGCUUGACCUGGUGUACUCCUCCUCCGGGCUGGAGUGCUGCAGCAGGAGAGUCGCCCGCACCCUCCAGGACAGCGCCCCAGACGUCCUGCAGACCCACGAGCUCAAGACCCCACCGCCGCCGCCACCGCCGCCGGAGGAGCCCCGGCCGUCCCCCGAGCUCUACGACAGUGACUUCGUCCUGCCCAGCCGACAGAUCGAGCUGCUGCGCAUCACAGAGAAGCGGCAGGCGUACUGCGUUCGAACCAGCAGCCUGGACUUCCCCAAACCGCUCUGCCAGGUGGCCAGAAAGUCCUGCCCUGGCUCCGUCGACAGCUCCCCGACGGAGAGCAGGACCGCGGGCCACUGCGGCCAGCUCAGACUGGGGACUGGCUCAACGCCCAGCCCCGAGCGCAGCCAGGGCGGGCAGGGCUCUGAGCCCGUCUUCCGGACACGCUCAGCCGAGUGGACUCAGAGCUUCCAGGAGCAGCCAGAGCAGCCCGGGUGCUUGGCCGACCGAGGGAAGAAGCCGGGCUCUGUCACCUUGCGGGUCUGCCCGCAGUACGAAACCGGACUCUCCAAAGAGACCAGUGUCAAGCUGCACAUCACCAGCCAGACGUCUGCCAGGGAGGUGGUGAAGCUGGUGGUGCUGGAGAUGAACGACGUCUCCCGCGGCGUGCUGGGCGGCUCGGCCGCCUUCUGCUACGGUGAGGAGCAGCUGGAGCACUUCGGACUGGUGUUCGCCUCCGACGAGAGCGAGCGGUGGCUUCCUGAUGACUUCUUGCCUCUGUCCCUCCAAACUAGCCGGCCCGAGGGGCGGUUCUACGUCCGGAUCAAGGAGACGUCCCCUCUGGUGCUCCAGUACGGGCCAGCCACCACCGUAUGAGGGGAGGAGAGCCGGCCGGGCGGCUCGGGGACCUCAGCUUCCAGAGAGCAGACAGCUCGUCUCUGAUGCUUCCUUCUUCCACAGACACCCUCUCAUCAGGCAUCUGCGCGGUGGAAUGGGAUCAUACUGGGCUGUGUGUUAUUUGUUUGUGUUAUUUUUUAUUUUUAUUUUUUUUUUAACCAAAGAGACAUCGAGACUCAGUUUUUCUGACUGCAGAAGAGGAGGGUGGAGUGCGGAGACCUCAGAGCUCGGGAGGAAUCUCUGCAGGAAUGGAAUUUUUGAAAGUAAACAUUUUUAAGGGGAAAGGGGGGAGAGAGAGGAAAAAUAUUACAAGAAGAAGCAGCAAUACCUGUUUUUUUUUCUUUCUUCUUUUUCUGAAAAGCCUUGUUUGGGAUUCAGUGAAGGCAAAGCCACAGAGGAUUGCUGGGGAGGGUUGUGGUGUCAGUGA